AUGGCGAGUGCUGCCGAAAGGAGACUGUAUCCCAGUCCUCACUUACCACGCUUAUUCCCCAUUGAGUGCCACUAUAAUCAAAAAUAUAUGUGCUCCCGUGUCGCCAUAUACCUUUUUCAGGCGAAGAUGUCGAGAACAUUGGACAGCAGAGGCAGCAGUGCCCAGUUUAUGACCCCCAGGGGCCUUUCUCUGGAGGACAGUGAAACAAACAUUGGUGUUCUGAAACGAUUUCAAUCCGGGGCAAAGGUGCAGAAGGAAGCCCCUGGAGAGGAGCAUAGACAGGAGGUGGAGGAGCAGGCCUUCUCCUCAGCUGCAUUCCCUGGAGACACCGCAGCCUUGACACAAGCUGUGAUGCAGCAGUUGCAGCAGAGUCCAUCGCCGACGGAGGACCUAAGCCAGAUGAUAGGAGAGAAUGAAUGGCAGAGGCUCCCCGCCAAGACCCCUUCUUGGAAUUAUACGAGGGCUUUAUCAUCAUACACAGGCUUUACUGCAAAGAGGCCGGAUACAGCACCCCAGGAGGAGGAUAUACACAAGCAGGCAUCUGGAGUUCAGCUGCAGAAUUCCGGUAUUUUCGUUGAAGGCAUUAGCCAAUGGAACGCCGCAACCAACUCGCCUGUACGCCCCCUGAGGAAAGAAACUAGAUUCCUAGAGAGUCGCAAAUUCACGUUGGACGCGAAGUCGGGGGACUACGUGAAUGCGCACAACCCAUCAGAACGCAUGGAUGCAAAGUCUUUGAACGAGUUGACGAAGGCACUGUCAAAGGCAUCAGUUAAGGAGACAGUUGUCGACGUAAUGCGCAGAAGGUCCACACUAAGAAAGAUGACCAUAGUCUCCAAGGUUUUCCUUAACAUGCAAAAGAAGGAACUCUCUUCAAUCUCGAGCAGAGAAGGACUUUUACCUCCCGUAUUGAUGGUCUAUCUUCCGGACAGAUAUAUUAAGACAUACAACCGGACGAACUGCAUGGGACAACCGAUCUCAGCGAGGAGGUAUCGCUAA